UCCAGGGGGCAGUGAAGCUCUGUGACGUACAGAGCGUAGAAGAAGAAGGCAGCAGCAGCAGGAAAUUUUCCUGAUGGCGUUGGGGGGGCAGCGUUACCAUGACAUCUGCCCUGUGGCCCUGCAGGUGGAGGGGCAACGUUACCAUGACAUCAGCCCUGUGACCCUGCAGGUGGGGGGGGGCGGUUAGCUCCAGCCUGUACUGUGGGGAGGUUGGGGGGCAAUGGGGGGGGCAGGUGGAGGCCUUCCUGGUGGAGCUGUACCGCUGCAAACUGUGUCAGUUCACCUGCAGCCUGAAAGCCUCCGUCAGCCAGCACCUGCUGACCCACAGGGGGGGGGGGUCGCCCUACCAGCUGGACCUGAGCGGGGGGGCCAAGCAGGAUGACGAUGACUUCCUGCUCUACAACAUGCUGAUCAGCCCCCCCCCAGGAAGCCCCCCCCCGGGGGACAUCAGUGGGGAGGUCGGCCACACCUGUGAGGUGCGCUCUCUCUUCGAGGACUCGGCUCAGUCGGCUCACCUCAUGACUCUCGGCUUGUGUCGCAUCUCUAAGCCGCCCCCCCCAUCCCCCGGACCCCUGGCCCCCCCCGCCCGAUGCCCCCCCCCCCUCCUGCCCACUGUGCUGCAUGACGCUGGGCAGCUGGGAGGAGCUGCCCCCCCACUGCAGGAGGUGCAGCCGGAGGGGGGGGCGCAAACAGCAGAAGAAAAAGAAGAGGAAGAAGAAGAGGAGGAAGAGCACGGACUCAGUAGACGCUCAGCAGAAAACACCAGACGGAUGGAGCCAGCUGAUUGGACGAGCAGAAGGAAAGGAGGCGGGGCCUAACAACAGAGAGACGCUGCAGGAACAAGCAGAGAGGAAGAGGAAGCCGAAGAACGAGGAAAAGGAGACAGGCUUCUGUUGCUCUCUCUGCCACAGGAGCUUCUCCUCCUCUCUGACUCUCAGGAGACACCUGGGCUCACACGGAGGGGAGAAACCCUUCAGCUGUCCUCACUGCAGCUACUGCAGCAGACUGAAGGCUUCACUUCUGCAACACCUGAGGACACACACAGGUGAGAAGCCCUUCAGGUGUGCUGAGUGUUCGUACGCCUCCAUCGACCGCAGCUCUCUGCUCAGGCACUGCAGGACACACAGCCAGGAGAAACCAUACAGCUGCACACACUGCGACUACAGCAGUAUCCAGAAGAAGGGUUUGGAUCUCCACGCUCGUCGUCAUCACAGCGGCGAGGCGUUUCCAUGCCGACAGUGUUCGUACUCUAGUCCGGACCGCCAGCUGCUGCAGAGACACGUCCGCCGUCACCACGGUAACCUCACAGCAGACCCUACACUCUGAUUGGACUGUCAGCUUGGGGGCGGGGCUACAGUCCGACGUUUUUUAUUGGUUGAAUUUAAAAUAAAAGGAAAAAAAAUUGAGGAAA